ACACACGCACACACGCACGCACGCAGACAGGGACAUGGUAAAUGAGUGUAUAUGUUUCGGGACCGGGGGCUAUUCCGACGCUCAGGGGCAGUGCCGCGUGACCUGGAUCACGGCGCCCACACAUCACGCCCAUGGACUACUCGGCGUUGGGAGCGUCCUGUGGAGGGUGGGGGGGGAGCCGCCGCCGGGGAUGGCGGAAAGGGGCCAGCGGGCCCCGUUUCGGCGGAUGGGCACCGGGUCCUGGGCGCCAGACGGCAGUGACGCUCGGCAGGCCUUCUGGUCCGUGCGCGGUGGCUGGUCUCGCCGGCAAGGGCAUUCCUCACGCAUGGGGCUCGGCCUGCGUCAGUCCCGAGGGGCCACCCCCCGACUGGCCGGCGCAUCAUCGACCCAUGCUUCGGGGCGCACAUCAACCGGUUGUCCGCGGCAGAUCGCACGCACGAGGGCGGAGGGCCCGCCGCGCGCGGCCGUUCUGUCUGUCCGCGCCUGAGCGAGGGCCGCCCGCAGGGAAGUGCCGUGGCCCGGUCCUGGCGCACGGCAUUCCGGCGGAGUUAGCACUCCGUCCCCCGGGCGGGAGGCCCGCUUUUUCGGACGGUAGAGCAGACGCGACCAGCCCGGGAGACACCCGCGAGGCCAUCUACCAUAGGGGGUGCUCUGCACUCUCGCGCUGCUUUGUAUGUGGCCCUGUGGUCGAGCGGGGAGCCGCGCGGAUGCAUGACGGCCCAAGCGCAUGUUUGUGUCGAGACAAGGCACCGAGCUUGCCUCCGGCCCGGGGGGGACAGAGGCAAAUGCGUGGUAUGCAUGUAUGGGUGUGUCUGCGAAGCAGCGUAGGCCUGUUGCAUGCCACAGCAGGAGCCAGCGACUGAGGGACCCUCAUGGCGCCAGCAGUGGCACCGCGUUCCGGCUUCCCUCGUCGGAGGGGACGCGGCCGAUGGAGGGAUCUGGAGACGAUGCAUCCGGGGUUUCUGUUUUUGGCACACCGGGCUCCAGGCUGGCACAACAGGCCCGGGACAAAAAAGAGCGAUCCCAGAGACGUGGAUCAAACUGUGGUCGUCCUUUGCAGGGGGAGGGCAGGGGUGCCGCCCCUCAAGGGGAGCUCCCCCCGACGGCGGGCGCCCUUCUCCUGCCUGCCGG